GCGACGGGCAACACCAUCCUCGGCCGGAGGGCGUUCGAGUCCAUCUUGGCGGCAAAGACCACCACCCUGAGGUGCCAAAGGGAGCAGGGCAGCUGGCAGGGCACGACGAUCUCCGUGGUCGACACCCCCGGCAUGUUUGACCAUGAUGACUACACAGAGAUGGUGCGGCGGGAGAUCCUGCCUUGCAUUCAGCUCUCCCGGCCUGGCCCUCAUGCCCUCAUCUUGGUCACCCAGAUGGGAUGCUUCACCGGCGAAGAUGCCGCCGCGGCGCAGUGCGUCCGGGAUAUCUUUGGGCCUGAGUCCACCAGGCACACCAUCAUCCUCUUUACCUGCGCGGAGGAUUACCUGCAGGAGUACGUCCGAUACUCUGACAACUGGAAUCUGCGUGACCUGAUUCGGCGGUGCGGGAACCGCUUCUGUGGGUUCAACAACGAAGCCGCGGGAGCCGAGCGGGAGAGGCAGGUGUCGGAGCUGAUGGCAAUGGUGCAGAGGACCGUUUUCCAGAAUGAUGGGCGAUACUAUGUCAACCGGCUGUACCUGGAGCCCAACUUACGGGACGAGCAUGUCCAGGGGUUCAUCGCGCAGAACCGCAAGGCAUCCCGAAGCAUCAUCGAUAUACUCUUGCUCUGCUUCCUUCCAUUCUGGUUCAUCUUUUAUGUUGGCAGAUGGGCGUUGUCCUGCCUGAAAAAUGUAGUUGUCAUGGCGUUUUCCUCCCUGAGAAGAGGACUUGUCACCGCGUUCCGAUACUUCUUCCGUUAAGCGUUCGAGUCCUGACUUUGUUUCGUCUCCAGAUCAC